AUGCCUCGAGGGCAGAAGAGCAAGCUCCGUGCCCGCGAGAAACGCCGCCAGGCCCGUGCUGAGACCAAGGGGCUGGAGGGUGCUCAGGCCACUGCAGCAGCAGAAGGAGAGUCCCCCUCCUCUGCCUGUCCUCCCUUUGGAGGUGAACCUCAGAAUUUGCCUGCUGCUGAGAUACCUAGCACUCCUCUGGCGCCUCAGGGAGCCCCAUCUACCACCAACACUAUGGCAGCUGAUUCAUGCACCUAUCCAGAUGAAGAUUCCAGCCAAGAUGAGAAAAACGCCACAUCCUCCAAGGGCACUAAGGGCAGGAGCGGAGAUCCUUUAAACGACAAGGUGGUUUUGAUGGUGCAGUUCCUGCUGCAGAAGUAUCAAAAGAAAGAGCCAAUUACGAAGGCAGACAUGCUGAAGUUAGUUACCAAAAAAUACAAGCCUCAUUUCAAUGAGAUCCUCAGGAGAUCAUCUGAGUACAUGGAGCUGGCCUUUGGUGUUGAUUUGAAGGAAGUGGAUCCCAUCAGGCACUGGUAUGCCCUUGUCAACAAACUAGAGCUCACUUUCGAUGGAACAAUGAAUAAUGAGGAGGGCAUGCCCAAGACCAGCCUCCUGAUGAUUGUGCUGAGUGUGAUCUUCAUGCAAGGCAACUGUGCCCCUGAGGAGGAGGUCUGGAAAGUGCUGAAUAUGAUGGGUGUAUAUGCUGAUAGGAAGCACUUCAUCUAUGGGGAGCCCAGGAAGAUCAUCACCGAAGAUUUGGUGCAGCUAAACUACCUGGAGUACCAGCAGGUGCCCAACAGUGAUCCUCCACGCUAUGAAGUCCUGUGGGGUCCAAGAGCCCAUGCUGAAACCAGCAAGAUGAAAGUCCUGGAGUUUUUAGCCAGGCUUCAUGAUACCAUCCCCAGUGCCUUCCCAUCCUGGUAUGAAGAGGCUUUGAAAGAUGAGGAAGAGAGGGCCCGAGCCAGAGCUGCAGCCAGGGCUCGUACCGCUGCUGCCAUGGCCAGUGCACGUUCCAGGGCCAUGGCCAGAAACUUCUCCCACACUAAGUGA